AUGCCCGCGUGGGACUCUUGCAUGCUCGAAAGUGCCCCUCGGCGCGCUCGGCGUUCGUUGCGAUCACAUUCCAUCCUUGAUAGGCAGCUCUCUUCCUCGAGCGCUCAGUGCAGCGUACGUCUGGAAGCCGUGUGCACUGUCUUGCGGACGCAACCAAGCACACUGUCGGACAGCAAUGCCUCCGAUCGACUGCUUGAAUGGUAUGUAAUUGCGGAUUUGUUCGUCUUGGAUUUGACUCCACCCUGGUGGCAAGGCCUCGUGACUUCAGCUAAUUUGGAGUCGAGCUUACUGAUCCCUACCGAGCUUUUCCUUGCGCCUACUGAGUCCGAAGGCAAGGCAGUGGAGAUCAGGAGCUACAUCGACCGCGUCAAAGAAUUGCGAUACUAUCUCCAUACUGUAGUCGUAGUUGACGUUACGUUCGGCGUCAAGGAGCUCAAGGUUUCGGAGGCUGAUAUGCAGCUUUUCUUCGACAAAGCUGGAAGCCCAAUUCUUCUUGCUCCAAAGUUCAGUGUUGAUGAUGCCGCAAAUGCCGAUUUUGACGCAAAUGAGCGUAGUGCACAACAGCUGUUUGGAAAAUAUUUGAGCAACUGGAUUGCUGCCGAUACAAACGAGGAAAGCAAUGUGGAUGGGUUUUGCGCUCAAGCAACAUCUCCGGGGAUGAAGCGAGGUUGUUGGUAUGUUCUUGUCAACCCGCUUUCCGCAGUUACAAUUCAAUAA